CUCCUUCCUCCCUCGUUCUUUCUGACAAUCAACAACAGCCAAACACCCAUAGAACCAUCGACCACCGCACCUGCCAUCGCUUUCUUCUUCCUUCCCCAACCAAGCCAAACAUUGGUGGUGCCAUACGUGGGAUCGACGAUUGCUACCGAGUUUGGUUAUACUUAUCCUUUCUCGAAUCAGACGAUGGAUCAAAGACCCCACCCCGAUUGUCGCCUUCGAUUUCCCUCGUGUUCCCCUCUCGUUCGGCCGCAUUCGUUCUAUUGCCCGACUGCCUCUGUUUUCCUUCGUGGCUUCAAUUGGGUUGGAUCGUAUCCCUUACCCGAUCACACAAAUAAACAAGGGGAAAUACAAAUAUACUCGGAGAUUCGUCUUACGAACGAGGAAUGUCACGUAACAAAUCUUAUGACAAGUUUCCCAAAGGAAUCCGAAUACCGUAUGAAUCGAACUCACGCUUCAAGGGAAAACACUAAACAGACAUUCAACACAGAUUGGAUUACAGUCACACAGCCCGACGUGUUCCGCCGCCUCGGCCGGGGGUGUGACAGAAACGAUAAGCAGAGAAAAGAUAGAGGUAGUCGAAGAAUGGGAAACAUAGAAAAGAAAUCCGUCUCCGAUAAAGAAAGACUUAUGUGA